GAUUUUCUCUGUGAAAGUUAGGAGAAGUAAUAUUUCAACAAUCGUUGAGACUUUGGACAAACUUUAUAAUCUAGAUUGGUUGAGUAGUGCCUCAAAGAAUGAAUGCACCGCUGCAGUUGGCUUGAAGUGGAUGCUUAAUCAGGAAGUUUUCAGCCUAGCUUGUUGUUUUUGACAGCCAGUUAUUAUUAGUAAAAGUAACACCAAGGACUCAAUUGCCCUAUCAUCUACCUAUUUUGUAAGUUGUUACAGUUACAGAUACUAUAGUAAAAUGUAUAGCAAGUCCUUCCAGGAAGUUUGUGUUAUAGUUUUGAUAUUAAAUGCAUAUUCGUGGAGAGUGGUAAAGGGUAUGUAGGAUUGGAUAGGGUAGUUUCUUUAUGAUCUUCUAGGGUCAUCGAUGAUCGGGAAGUAUGAUGCUCUUAAUGACGAUCAUGCACGUAUUUCAUGUGUAUCUCACCGGUGGCUAGUAGGACGGGUUUAGAGAUGGCUGAAAUUAGACAGUGCAAUUUUCUGGAUAACUGCACUUCAGAGUUACGUUGCUUCCACGAAAUUUAUACGUCAGAAGAAGUUGAUGUUAAUGGGCUUGAUGCAGCAUCAUGAAGAAAUAGUAGAGUACUUCAAUACACGAGGUGUUUCUGCUAUCUUUCUCUUUCGGAGAAACCUGUUACGGAGGAUGAUCUCUGUGCUUGCAAACUUGUAUGACCGAGAUAAAAAGCUGCUGAAUGGGACCCACAAGUCUCAUGUUCAUUCUCCUCACGAGGCAGAGAUACUUGCAAAAUACAAGCCUAUAAUCAAUGCAACUUUGCUGAUACCCAACCUGAAGCAAGUAGAGGAUACAAGUACGAAAGCUUUGGAAUAUUUGAAGAGCACCCGGCAUAUUAUCCUAUUCUAUGAGGAUAUCGUAAAAAACCGCACUAAGUUGCUUGACGUUCAAGAUUUUCUCAAGGUUCCAAAAAGGGAUUUAAAGAGUCGCCAGGUGAAGAUACACAAAGGUAACUUAUCUAGUCAGAUUGAGAAUUGGGGUGAUGUCCAAAAGACACUUGCGGGAACACAGUAUGAAAGGUUCCUCAGUGUGGAUUAUCGAAGAAGGUAAACAGCAGUGAGGCGAUGUAUAUACCGCUUUAUUCUUUUAACAUUUUUGUUUUCAUCUUUCGUCUUCAACCGCAGAAGCCAACAGGUUACGCCUCCCUGUUGAAAUUUUGGGAAAUUUUGGAUGCAGCUUCUAAAUUUUGGUUAUAGCUUCUGUCAGUCGAUUUUUGUUUCUUCUUUGCCACUCGCUUAAUAUUCAAUUGAUUCUUUAUCCUCUCCUUGUUUACGAGAAAUAUCGUUGUUGUAUUUGAGCUAAAUCAAUAGAAAAAGUUGCAGUUUCACCUUGCAA